CGUCAGACAUCAGAAAAGGACCCUUUUCGCUCCUCGCAGAUUGUUGAGUAUACUGGCAUGAGUGGGGAUCCUGGAAUAAUUUUCUGUUAAUAAACAGUGACAGUACAUUUACCGUUUAUCCUGUGGUCGCGAUGGUGAGCAGAACUAGUGCCAUCGCUGCGGGAGUGUGUGGGGCACUUUUCAUUGGAUAUUGCAUUUACUUUGAUCGGAAAAGAAGGAAUGACCCUAACUUUAAGAACAGGCUUCGAGAACGAAGGAAGAAACAAAAAGUAGCUAAAGAGCGAGCCAGCAUUUCUAAGUUGCCUGAUUUGAAGGAUGCAGAAGCUGUUCAGAAGUUUUUCCUUGAAGAGAUUCAGCUUGGUGAAGAAUUAUUGGGGCAAGGCAAGUUCCUUUUUGGAUACUUUUUGGGGCCCAUAUACGCUUUUAAUUUUCUUUUGCCACAGUCUUUCCUUGUUGUCCUGUACCUCGAUAAAAUAUAUGCCAAACAAGAGAGGUCUGAUCUUGCCAGUGACGGAUAA